UGGCAACUCGCUGCUAACUAAUGCUAAUCAAACACAACGUCGAGGUAGCAGUGAGAUGGUGAACAGACAUAAAACAUAAAACAUAAAUAUCAAGGCACAACCAUUUAAUAACCACCCGUUAGCCUGCUGGUUUGACAGGUUAGCUACCCAGGGAUCUGCUAGCUAACGAGCUAACUAACUAACCCACCGGGCAGGUUUAGCAUCUGCGGAAGUUCCCCGUGAAGGAAGCGGCUCUGAACACUCGUUAAAUAUAAAUACAUGAAACCCACUUGGUCCUCAGGAUGAGACUCAGCUCAGCUCCUCUUUAGCUAGCCGGCUAGCUGGGGUGCACACACACAGGCACACACACAGACACACACCCAAACACACACACAUACGCAUAAGCGUGAAAACGAGAUAACAAGCAGCUAAUCACAACUAAACGAUGCGGACGUGACCCAACAACAACAUAUGUGGAGACUCUCUGUCCAGACGAGGCCAGAGAUGAAAGGAAAGUCCAUGAUUUCUAAACUGCGCUUGAAGUUUGCAGGGAAGUCCUGGAAUGACACAUUCCAGCUGGUUCGAAGAUGCAUGGAGAAAACCAGAGAUGAAUCCCAACCCUGUGAGCCGCUGGUUCGAUCGCUGGAGCGGCUCCAGGAUGAGUUUAACGUGUCGUCUAUGAAUACCAUGAGGCAUCGUCUGGAAAUAAUAGCCAAACAACAAGGAAUGGGUUUCCACAUCACUGACACCACGUGCUACCUCACAGCCGACCUAUUCUACCUGGAGGUGGUGUUGGUGGAGUGUGGGGGAGUGGAGCAGGUGAAGGUGGCCCCUCAGGGAGCACCCCCUGCUUCCAGUGAGUCUCUCCUGCAGCUGCUGAGGUCAAAGAACUUUGCUGAAUUCUCCAUGAAGUUAUCGAGCCUCUUCACCCAGUACAACAUCCCAGGAGACAGUGAAACCAAAUUAAAACUGUUUGCAUCUCUUCAACACCUCGGGAAAGACUUACAGCAAUUAUCACAUCUGCCAAGGACACAAAAGGACUGUGACCCCCAGAUGGACAUGAUUAACAACGGAAGGAUCGGGUGGCUUAUAGCCGGAAAAGAUGAUUCUCCCCUGACCAUCGAGUUCUUCAUGACCCCGACUGACUUGAAGAAACCAGUUUCACAAGUAACAGAUCCCACGUCAGCUGUCCAUGUCGCCCAGGUGACUGUGGGUGUCAGCGACCUCGCUCACAAGCUUCAGAUGGCCUCUGUGAUCCCGCAGCCUCCACAGCUGGAUCCACAGGGCUACCCUGUGUUCCUGCCGCUGGAUGAGGGGCCACAUGAGACGCUGCCGGCCUGUUUCCUCCUCCAGCUGCAGCCGCCCGUACCAGUGCUGACAUCUUUUGUGAAGAAGCUGAUCCAAAUCACAGAUGUGACUGUGGCAGAUGUUGACCUGCAGUGGGCACCAUUACCCCAGCAUCUGAUGAGAGGUUCAUCGAGUGCAAACCACCAUGGAGAGACGUUAGAAGAGCAGGAUACUGUUUUUACAGUGCCUCUUCCUGGUGGUGUGAUGCACAGUUAUAUUGUCCCUGGAGCUGCAUGGCAGGCGCCUGCACAGAGAGCGACACUGAUGGACAGUGUCCCCUUCACCCACCCUGCCCACGUCCCGGCUGCACUGGAGCUGCUGCGUCAUCAGUGUGUGAUCAACGCUCUGCUGAGGAGCUGCGUCACGUCUCAGAGCGCCCGUCCAGGUUCGGUUUGUGACCUGCGCUUCGAAGUCCUUCCCGAGUCUGACACCAGCUUUUCUGUGACCUUCCACCCGCCCGGCACGGACUCCCUGGCUGUUUUGCUGGUGAACGUGUGUGACUCUCAUCAGAUCAGCUGCAGGUUGUUUGGAGCAGGACCAUGUGAUCCCUCCAUGGAUGAACACGUCUCCACUGUAAUGACGAGGUGCUUGUCCGUUCCUGUGACCCUGAGCUCAUUAUACACUCGGCUCGGGGAACGCCCCUCCGCCUCGCUCUCUCCCGACCGCCCGGCUGCCACAGAGGCUGCAAAUGACCACUCAUCUCCCUCGAGUGCCGCCGUGACGGAGGCCAACGGCACCGUGACGGAGUCCCAGGGUGCAGCUGUGGCAGGGGACAGCUCCAGUGUUUCUGGCUCCGCCUGCUAUGCCAUGUCUGUCGCCAACGAUGAGCUCUGCCCUGAAAUAAACAAGAGUCCUGCUGCCAACCUUUACACGUUCAGUGCCGAGGAUGUGGAUGUGUUUUCACAGUGGAUGAGCAGUAACGGCGAACGGUCAGAGCUCAGCUGAAACUGUCAGCGACGUCCAAAGUGUUUUAUAAUUUGUGAUUAUACAUAUUUUGGGAUUCGAUUUAAUGUUUUUCUAAGCAGCUGUAAAGUGGGCACGUCAACUCUAAAAACCAAAUCAUGGUAACUUCUAUUUGUGUGUUUGCAGUUUGAACCUUCUCGGGUAUGAUCUCCUGAAUCUCCUGCAAAGAGCUGAAGUGUUUCUUAAGAUGCAUUCCAGUGUGGCAGAGAUUACUGCCUGUAAAGGUUUGAGGUUUGGCAUUUGACCUCCCUCAGACAGCCAAGAUCCCGGUUGUGAACCAAUCAGACAUUGUGGAAAAUAAAGCACAAUUUACACUCUUCACGGUAGAAAGUCAACGCUCUGCUUGUUAGAAUUUAAAAAGUAGAGAGGUGGAGAUUGUUUGUGGCGAUGUGGAUACAAAGUCUGGAAUUGUAUUAUAGCUCUGAAGCAUUUAAAUAAAGUUUUGCACGAUAAAGAAA